CCUAUAGAAAUUUAUCAUCAGAGGUUAGGCAAUCGUGCUUAGUGCGCGUCAUAAAGCCGAAAUGAAUUCCAUAAAUUUUAUAUUUCUUUUAACAAUUUUUGGUUUCACUUUCGCUGUGAAGGUUAAUUAUGAAGGGUAUAAGUUGUAUAAAAUUUCUCCCAAGGACGAUAGUGAAGUGGGUAUACUAGCAAAGCUACAAGAAGCUAGGAUUGGUGAGUUUUGGGAAGAUGGUAUCAGAGUGGAUAGGGAUUCCAAAGUGAUGGUUUCGCCACAUAAACAUGAAGAAUUCUUACAAUUUCUGAAGACUGAAAACAUUGAAGCAUCUUUGUUGCUUGAUGAUGUACAAAGGACAAUUGACAAGCAACGUAAUCCAGAAAACAUAAACGAAUCCUCAAGCUACCUAUCUUACGACUGGACAUCUUACCAUGACCUCGACACUCUAUACAAAUGGCUUGAUGAAUUAGAAGAACAUCAUCCAGAUGUAGUUCAAACAGUUGUCAUGGGACAAUCUGUUGAAGGCAGAGACAUAAAAGGAAUCAUCAUACACUAUCCUAACGAAAUGGGUGAAAAAAACCCAAAUCCUCUCAUUGGAAUGUUAGAAGGCACCUUGCAUUCCCGUGAAUGGAUCUCUGUAGCCACUGUUACGUGGAUUAUCAAAGAGUUUUUGACAAGCGAAGAUCCUGAGAUCAGGCAUUUGGCAGAAAGUUUUGAAUGGCAUAUCUUCCCUAUUGUGAACCCUGACGGAUAUGUUUAUACUUUUACUGAUAAUCGUAUGUGGAGGAAAAACCGCAGUCCAGAAAGUGUGAAGACCUGUGCUGAAGGAGUGGACGAUGACAUGAGCCAUGGUGUGGAUCUCAAUAGAAACUUUGAUGUUCAGUGGAUGGUUAUUGGAGCAUCAAACGACUCAUGCACCAACACAUACGCCGGUCCAGGCAGCUUCUCCGAACCUGAAUCGCGAGCUAUCGCUGGUUACGUUCAGCGUCUCGAUCAAAUAGGCAGAAUCAUCUACUAUCUUGCUUUCCAUUCUUACACCCAACUGAUUCUAGUACCGUACAGUCAUGUAAACAUUGAAGAUGCUUGGCAAUCUAGAAACUAUGCUGAUAUGUACGAAAUUGCGAUCAAAAGUUCUGACGCUAUAGCAAAACGUUAUGGAACACAGUACAGAGUCGGACUUUCUGCUAACGUAAUGUAUCCUAUGAGUGGAGGUUCCUUCGACUGGGUGAAGUAUGAACUGAACGUGCCUAUAUCUUACCUCCUUGAGCUUCGUGACCUUGGAGAGUAUGGCUUCCUUCUGCCAGCAGAUCAGAUCAUCCCCACUUCUCUGGAGACCAUGGAUGGCCUAAUCGAAAUGGACAAGAUGACCAAAGCCCUAGGCUAUUAUUAACUUACUUAAACAUGGUACUUUUCUUUGAAGUGCUAAUAGUAUGUAAGUACAAAAAUAUUUGCGAUGACAAUGUUUGGAAUAAAAAUAAAAUAAAUUAGGAUAUUAUUAAAUUCAGUUAAGACGAAGUACAAGAUUUGUGAUAAUAUUUAUUUAUUUAGUUAGACUGAGUAAUGUUUCUGUAAAAUUUCUAGGAUUUGGCAUGGUACGGCACGAUAUGACAAUAGGAUUACCCCCUAUUACCUACACAUGGUUUGACUUAUAAGACAAAUGGUGAAAAUUGGGUGUAGAUAUUGUGGUAUUACGUGCUGUAAUGUACAGGUGCACCUCUGCCUAUCCCUUCGGGGACAAAAGGUGUGACAAACUAUGAUUCGUAUGCGUUUGGAAUUUUUAAUAAACUAAAAUUAACAUA